CUCUCCCGAAGUUGCCCCGGGAGACACACCCUGGAUCUGUCAUUUCCGCGCUUUCCGGAGCUCAGAGCGAAUGUGCGGUAUGAACCCGUGAAAGAACCGAGGCAUGAAUGAGCCUCCUCCCCGCAGGCUGGGGGCCCGGAGUCCGCGGGGAGCCGAGAACCCCGCAGACCUGCGCCCCCCGGAGCGCGCGCCCUGGGGAGGGGGGGUGGCGCGCGGCUUCCAGGGCGCCCCCCGCGCUGAGCCCCGCAGCUGCGGGCAUGGAGGGGGCCCGGACGGCGCCCCGGAGGACGGAGACUCCGAGUCCUGGGUGAGGGACAAGGUGCUUUUCCUAUUGCACCCGGAGAGGUGGCUGGGAACUCCGGGGCAGCCUGCGCGGGCAGAGGGGCCGCCUGGAGAGCAGCUGCCCGGGGCGCUGGGGUCACAACACCCGGGGCUCCACGGCCCGCCUCCUGCGGGUCCGCCGGGGGAUCGGGUGCCUAGGCCCGUGCUGGUGCGGGUGGAGGACUACCAGGUGACCCGGGAGGUGAUGCAGACCGCGUGGACGCGGGCCCGGCUGACCACGCGCACCGAGGAGCGCUCCGUGACCGCAGUCACCUUCCGGGCCAGCCGCGCCUGAGGCUGGAUGCGGGCGCUGCGCCUCGCCGCGGACCCCAAGCGCAGGCUGUGGGGAGGAGCUUUUCCAGAUCCCCAAAGCCAGGGACUCCUCUCCCACCCACCCCACGCCGAGGAUACUUCAACAGGAAGGAGAAACCCCUGGAAUGUUCAUGGCUGGCAAGAUAAUCCUUAAAAAAACAAAAGAAGAAGGAGAAGGAGAAGGAGAAGGAGAAGAAAGAAAGUUCUUCUGGGACCUCCAACUUUAAGAAACUGAGGCUCUGUGUCUAGGGAAGCAGAAAUACCCAAUACUGAUUGCAGCAGUGAAGACAACAUUAGUACCUCCUUUACGGCAUAAGCACUGGGACAGUUUUUGCCAACUCAAAAGAAGAAGGAAAAAAGGUGAUUUUUUUUUUUUUCAAAUGGACAAAGUGCAGGGAAAAAAAAUAAAUAAGAAAAUCUGUUAACUUUUCAUUUUGCAGUAGUUAUCAGUGGAUCUAGUCCCUGCCUACCCCCAUUUCUCUAAGAAUGCAAACAAAGCAGGGGAAUCCAGCGGUAGUGCAGCUGGUUAGGCGCACGUGGCGCGAAG